AGAUGAAGGGAAGUUUUGCCUCUUUCUGAAAGUUAUGUUAUUAGUUAAAAGAAAAAAAAAAUCAGGAUGACUGCUAGUUUUGUUUAAAGUAUUUGUUCUGGAAAUACUAAAGUUGGAGUCGACCAGACUGAGGUUAGGAGCAUUUUCUUUGGCAGCAAAAAGAUACUUUUAUAGAAGCCAUGCCUGUACUUGGGGUUGCCUCCAAACGGAGACAGCCAGCUGUUGGGUCAAAGCCUGUUCACACUGCUCUUCCGAUACCAAAUCUUGGCACUACUGGGUCACAGCACUAUUCUUCAAGAUCUUUGGAACUUGCUGAAACAGAAAGCUCAAUGCUUUCUUGUCAGCUCACAUUAAAAUCAACCUGUGAAUUUGGAGAGAAGAAGUCCCUACAAGGAAAAUCCAAGGAGAAAGAAGACAGCAAGAUUUACACUGACUGGGCCAACCACUACCUAGCAAAAUCAGGCCACAAGCGGCUGAUCAAGGAUUUGCAACAGGACAUCGCAGAUGGAGUACUGCUAGCAGAAAUCAUCCAAAUCAUUGCAAAUGAAAAAGUUGAAGAUAUCAAUGGAUGUCCUAGAAGUCAGUCUCAGAUGAUUGAAAAUGUUGAUGUCUGCCUUAGUUUUCUAGCAGCCAGAGGAGUAAAUGUUCAAGGUCUUUCUGCUGAAGAAAUAAGAAAUGGAAACCUAAAAGCCAUUCUAGGACUGUUUUUUAGUUUGUCUCGCUACAAACAGCAACAACACCAUCAACAACAGUACUACCAGUCCUUGGUGGAACUUCAGCAGAGAGUCACUCACACUUCGCCUCAGUCGGAAGCCAAUCAGGCCAAAACCCAACAAGAUAUGCAGUCCAGUCUGACAGCCAGAUAUGCAACUCAGUCUAAUCACAGUGGAAUUGCAACCAGUCAAAAAAAGCCUACUAGGCUUCCAGGACCCUCUAGGGUGCCAGCUGCAGGCAGCAGCAGCAAAGUCCAGGGAGCCUCCAAUUUAAAUAGAAGAAGUCAGAGCUUUAACAGCAUUGACAAAAACAAGCCUCCAAAUUAUGCAAAUGGAAAUGAAAAAGAUUCCUCCAAAGUCCCUCAACCGUCUUCAGGUGUAAAUGGUAACAUGCAGCCUCCCAGCACUGCUGGCCAGGCCCCUGCCUCUGCCAUCCCUUCUCCUAGUGCCAGCAAGCCCUGGCGCAGCAAGUCCAUGAAUGUCAAGCACAGUGCCACCUCUACCAUGCUGACCGUGAAGCAGCCAAGCCCAGCCACCUCUCCCACACCAUCCUCCGACAGACUGAAGCCACCCGCCUCGGAAGGGGUCAAAACUGCGCCUUCGGGUCAGAAAUCCAUGCUUGAAAAGUUCAAGCUGGUUAAUGCCCGGACUGCUCUACGUCCACCACAGUCUUCGAGUUCAGGACCUAGUGAUGGUGGGAAGGAUGAUGAUGCCUUUUCUGAAUCUGGUGAAAUGGAAGGUUUUAACAGUGGCCUGAAUAGUGGUGGCUCAACGAAUAGCAGUCCCAAAGUGUCACCUAAAUUGGCCCCUCCAAAAGCUGGAAGCAAAAAUCUCAGCAAUAAAAAGUCUUUGCUACAGCCAAAGGAAAAAGAGGAGAAGAACAGGGACAAAAAUAAAGUUUGCACUGAAAAACCAGUCAAGGAAGAGAAGGAUCAGGUGACGGAGACAACUCCUAAAAAGACCUCUAAAAUUGCAAGCUUGAUCCCAAAGGGCAGCAAGACGACAGCAGCCAAGAAGGAAAGCUUAAUUCCAUCUUCCAGUGGGAUUCCAAAACCAGGCUCAAAGGUUCCAACAGCAAAGCAAACCAUUUCAUCUAGCAGCGCAGCAAGCAAAGAGUCUGAAAAAUUCAGGACUACCAAGGGAAGCCCUUCCCAGUCCUUACCUAAGCCCAUAACCACUGAGAAAGCAAGUGCAUCCAACUGCCCUGCUCCUCUGGAAGGGAGGGAAGCUGGCCAUGCUUCUCCUUCCAAUUCCUGUACUGUGCCAGUGGUGCAAAGCAGUGGGCAGAGCACAGGAAAUGGUGCUGUCCAUCUCCCUCAGCAGCAGCAACACAGUCACCCAAACACUGCCACAGUGGCUCCAUUCAUUUACAGAGCACAUUCAGAAAAUGAAGGUACCUCUUCACCAUCUGCUGAUUCCUGCACCAGUCCUACAAAGAUGGACUCCUUGUAUAGUAAGACUGCUAAGCAGUGCCUAGAGGAGAUAUCUGGUGAAGACCCUGAAACAAGAAGAAUGAGAACAGUUAAAAACAUUGCAGAUUUGAGGCAGAAUUUAGAAGAAACUAUGUCUAGUCUUCGUGGGACCCAAAUAAGCCACAGCACCCUGGAGACAACAUUUGACAGCACUGUGACAACAGAAGUGAAUGGAAGGACCAUACCUAACCUGACAAGUCGACCCACUCCCAUGACCUGGAGGCUGGGCCAGGCAUGUCCCCGCCUGCAGGCGGGUGAUGCUCCUUCCAUGGGUGCUGGCUACCCACGUAGCGGUACCAGUCGGUUCAUCCACACUGACCCCUCCAGGUUCAUGUACACAACGCCUCUCCGCAGAGCUGCCGUCUCACGGCUGGGAAACAUGUCACAGAUUGACAUGAGCGAGAAAGCAAGCAGUGACCUGGACAUGUCUUCUGAAGUGGAUGUUGGUGGAUAUAUGAGUGAUGGUGAUAUUCUUGGGAAAAGUCUCAGAACUGAUGACAUCAACAGUGGGUACAUGACAGAUGGAGGGCUUAACCUGUACACUCGGAGUCUGAAUCGAAUACCAGACACAACUACUUCAAGAGAUGUCAUUCAGAGAGGUGUUCAUGAUGUGACCGUGGAUGCAGACAGCUGGGAUGAUAGCAGUUCUGUGAGCAGUGGCCUGAGUGACACCCUCGAUAACAUCAGCACUGAUGACCUGAACACCACGUCUUCAGUCAGUUCUUAUUCCAACAUCACUGUCCCUUCCAGAAAGAACACUCAGCUGAAGACGGAUUCGGAGAAACGUUCCGCAGCAGAUGAGACCUGGGACAGUCCCGAGGAGCUGAAAAAAAUAGAAGAGGAUUUUGACAGUCAUGGCGAUGGAGGUAGCAAGUGGAAGAGUAGCUCCUCGGGACUCCCUGAGGACCCCGAGAAGACCGGCCAGAAAGCUUCCCUGUCUGUUUCUCAAACGGGUUCCUGGAGGAGAGGCACAUCCGCCCAGGGAGGGACUCCCGCCAGACAGAAAGCUGGGACAAGUGCACUCAAGACUCCUGGGAAAACCGAUGAUGCCAAAGCUUCUGAGAAAGGGAAAACUCCCCUGAAAGGAUCCUCCCUACAAAGGUCUCCUUCAGAUGCAGGGAAAAGCAGUGGAGAUGAGGGGAAAAAGCCCCCCUCAGGCAUUGGAAGAUCCACUGCCACCAGCUCAUUUGGAUUUAAGAAACCAAGUGGAGUAGGGUCUUCUACUAUGAUCACUAGCAGCGGAGCGACUAUAACAAGCGGCUCGGCAACACUGGGCAAAAUCCCCAAAUCAGCCGCCAUUGGUGGGAAGUCAAAUGCAGGGAGAAAAACCAGUUUGGAUGGUUCACAGAAUCAAGAUGACGUUGUGCUGCAUGUGAGCUCCAAGACCACCCUACAGUACCGCAGCUUGCCUCGCCCUUCAAAGUCCAGCACCAGUGGUAUUCCUGGACGAGGUGGCCACAGGUCCAGUACCAGCAGUAUUGACUCCAAUGUCAGCAGCAAGUCAGCUGGUGCCACCACCUCAAAACUAAGAGAACCAACUAAGAUUGGGUCGGGGCGCUCAAGCCCUGUCACUGUCAACCAAACAGACAAGGAGAAAGAAAAAGUAGCAGUCUCAGAUUCAGAGAGUGUUUCUUUGUCAGGUUCCCCUAAAUCCAGCCCCACCUCUGCCAGUGCCUGUGGCACUCAAGGGCUCAGGCAGCCAGGAUCCAAGUAUCCAGAUAUUGCUUCACCUACAUUUCGAAGGUUGUUUGGUGCCAAGGCAGGUGGCAAAUCUGCCUCUGCACCUAAUACGGAGGGUGUGAAAUCCUCCUCAGUAAUGCCCAGCCCUAGUACCACAUUAGCGCGACAAGGCAGUCUGGAAUCACCGUCGUCUGGUACGGGCAGCAUGGGCAGUGCUGGAGGGCUAAGUGGCAGCAGCAGCCCACUCUUCAAUAAACCCUCAGACUUAACUACAGAUGUUAUAAGCUUAAGUCACUCCUUGGCCUCCAGUCCAGCAUCGGUUCACUCUUUCACGUCAGGUGGUCUUGUGUGGGCUGCCAAUAUGAGCAGUUCCUCUGCCGGCAGCAAGGACACUCCGAGUUACCAGUCCAUGACUAGCCUCCAUACGAGCUCUGAGUCCAUUGACCUGCCCCUCAGCCAUCAUGGCUCCCUGUCUGGACUGACCACAGGCACUCACGAGGUUCAGAGCCUGCUCAUGAGAACGGGUAGUGUGAGAUCUACUCUCUCAGAAAGCAUGCAGCUUGACAGAAAUACACUACCCAAAAAGGGACUAAGAUAUACCCCAUCAUCUCGGCAGGCCAACCAAGAAGAAGGCAAAGAGUGGCUGCGUUCUCAUUCCACUGGAGGGCUGCAGGAUACUGGCAACCAGUCACCUCUGGUCUCCCCUUCUGCCAUGUCAUCUUCUGCUACAGGAAAAUACCACUUUUCUAACUUGGUGAGUCCAACCAAUCUGUCUCAGUUUAACCUUCCUGGGCCCAGCAUGAUGCGCUCCAACAGCAUCCCAGCCCAGGACUCUUCCUUUGAUCUCUAUGAUGACUCCCAGCUUUGUGGGAGCGCCACUUCUCUGGAGGAAAGGCCACGGGCCAUCAGUCAUUCAGGAUCAUUCAGAGACAGCAUGGAAGAAGUUCAUGGCUCUUCGUURUCAUUGGUUUCCAGCACUUCUUCUCUUUACUCUACAGCUGAGGAAAAGGCUCAUUCAGAGCAAAUUCAUAAACUACGGAGAGAGCUGGUUGCAUCUCAAGAAAAAGUUGCUACCCURACAUCUCAACUUUCAGCAAAUGCUCACCUUGUAGCAGCUUUUGAAAAGAGUUUAGGGAAUAUGACUGGCCGAUUGCAAAGUCUAACCAUGACAGCGGAACAAAAGGAGUCUGAACUUAUAGAACUAAGGGAGACCAUUGAAAUGCUGAAGGCCCAGAACUCUGCUGCCCAGGCGGCCAUUCAGGGGGCCCUAAAUGGCCCAGACCACCCUCCAAAAGAUCUCCGCAUCAGAAGACAACAUUCCUCUGAAAGUGUUUCCAGUAUCAACAGUGCCACAAGCCAUUCCAGCAUUGGCAGUGGUAAUGAUGCUGACUCCAAGAAAAAGAAAAAGAAAAACUGGGUGAACUCUAGAGGAAGUGAGCUGAGAAGUUCUUUCAAACAAGCCUUUGGAAAGAAAAAGUCCACCAAGCCCCCAUCUUCACAUUCAGACAUUGAAGAACUUACUGAUUCAUCUCUCCCCGCAUCUCCCAAGUUGCCCCAUAGUGCUGGUGACUGCGGUUCCRCAUCCAUGAAGCCCUCUCAAUCUACCUCAGCGUCACCUCUUAUCUGGCCACCAAAGAAACGACAAAAUGGCCCUGUGAUCUACAAGCAUAGAUCCCGGAUCUGUGAAUGCACAGAGGCUGAGGCAGAAAUAAUUCUGCAGCUGAAGAGCGAGCUCAGAGAAAAGGAAUUAAAAUUAACAGAUAUUCGGUUGGAGGCCCUCAGCUCUGCUCAUCAUCUUGAUCAGAUCCGGGAAGCCAUGAACCGGAUGCAGAAUGAAAUUGAGAUACUGAAGGCUGAGAACGACCGGUUGAAGGCUGAGACUGGUAACUCUGCAAAGCCUGCACGGCCACCUUCUGAGUCCUCUAGCAGCACCUCCUCUUCCUCUUCAAGGCAAUCCCUCGGGCUGUCUCUCAACAACCUGAACAUCACAGAGUCCGUUACCUCAGAUAUUUUGCUAGAUGAUGCUGGAGAUGCAACUGGACACAAAGAUGGCCGCAGUGUGAAAAUUAUAGUCUCCAUAAGCAAGGGCUAUGGUCGAGCAAAGGAUCAGAAAUCUCAGGCAUAUUUGAUAGGAUCCAUUGGUGUUAGUGGAAAAACCAAAUGGGAUGUCUUAGAUGGUGUAAUUAGACGUCUCUUUAAGGAAUAUGUACUUCGAAUCGAUACAUCCUCCAGCCUUGGUCUGAGCUCUGACUGCAUUGCCAGUUACUGUAUAGGAGACUUAAUUAGAUCCCAGAACCUCGAAGUGCCUGAACUGCUGCCGUGUGGGUACCUUGUUGGUGAUAACAACAUCAUCACUGUGAACCUGAAAGGGGUAGAAGAAAACAGUUUGGACAGUUUUGUUUUUGAUACACUGAUUCCUAAACCAAUUACCCAAAGGUACUUUAACUUGUUGAUGGAGCAUCACAGAAUUAUACUCUCAGGACCCAGUGGUACUGGAAAGACCUAUUUAGCAAACAAACUUGCUGAAUAUGUAAUAACCAAAUCUGGAAGGAAAAAAACAGAGGAUGCAAUUGCCACUUUUAAUGUGGAUCACAAGUCAAGUAAGGAAUUGCAACAAUAUCUAGCUAACCUGGCUGAACAGUGCAGUGCUGAUAAUAAUGGUGUAGAGCUCCCAGUUGUAAUAAUUCUUGAUAAUCUUCAUCAUGUGGGCUCUUUGAGUGAUAUCUUCAAUGGUUUCCUCAACUGUAAAUAUAGCAAAUGUCCAUAUAUUAUUGGAACAAUGAAUCAGGGAAUUUCUUCAUCACCGAAUCUAGAGCUGCACCACAAUUUCAGAUGGGUAUUGUGUGCAAACCACACAGAACCAGUGAAAGGCUUUUUAGGCAGAUAUCUUCGAAGGAAACUGAUAGAGAUGGAAAUUGAAAGGAACAUACGCAAUAAUGACUUAGUCAAAAUUAUAGAUUGGAUUCCUAAGACGUGGCAUCAUCUGAACAGUUUUUUGGAAACACACAGUUCUUCUGAUGUUACAAUUGGUCCCCGACUUUUCCUUCCUUGCCCCAUGGAUGUAGAAGGUUCUAGAGUGUGGUUCAUGGAUCUUUGGAACUAUUCUUUGGUACCUUAUAUUCUGGAGGCAGUGAGAGAGGGUCUUCAGAUGUAUGGGAAGCGUGCACCCUGGGAAGAUCCCUUAAAGUGGGUGCUUGACACAUACCCUUGGAGCUCAGCCUCUCUGCCUCAGGAAGGACCAGCAUUACUUCAGUUGCGACCGGAAGAUGUUGGGUAUGAGGGCUGCACCUCUGCUAAGGAAGCCACAACCUCAAAGCACAUUCCACAGACAGACACUGAGGGGGACCCCCUGAUGAAUAUGCUAAUGAAACUCCAAGAAGCAGCCAAUUACUCCGGCACACAAAGCUGCGACAGYGGUAGCACCAGCCACCAUGAAGACAUUUUGGAUUCGUCUCUUGAAUCCACCCUUUAGAGGGUGGACAGAGUUAGGGGAAAAGAUGAUGCUUUAAAAAAAAAAAAAGUGUUUUAAAAGAAAGGUAUUUUCACUAAACCACUGCCAGUAUAAAAGCACCCUGUCAGGGGCCCUGACCCAGAGUCGUGGUCUUCAAGGAGGCAGCAGAACUAAGUCUGAAUCGCCAAGAUGCUAAAUUGAAAUGGGAGCUUAACUUUAUUUUAUUUCUAGGCAUUUUUUAUAUCCAUGGAGUAAGAGAAGGCUCCAUUACUCAACUGGAAAGGACCCUAAUGACAGGGCAACUGAAGAGAUUGCACAUGGGAUAGCCAAACUGGACUUUAGUUUCUUCCUCUUUAAAAGUUUACAAUGCAGACCUUUUUUUGUCCCUUCCUUCUGUUUCCUCUGAGGGGCUGUUCUCCCCAGGCAGGGUCCAUUCUUCUGAUCCGUCCAACCUCCUCUGUGCCGCAUGGUGCUGGUCACAGGGCUCCAGUAGUGUUUGUGUUGUGCGCUCACCCCAUUCCAGAAUGAAUCCAAGAGGCCAGUCCUCCAUAAGCACAAGUGGAAUUGUGCAACCACCAGAAAAAACACUACUGUGGCAAACUGGAGAAGUGCCAACUCAAUUCUAACUGCCAUGGUCUCAUGACGUGCGCCACCCACUUUUUAGUGUAUGAGUCCCAGGUUUUAUAAGGUUGUUUUUACCACCGUGGUCUUUUUAAACCACCUGCCCACUCCCUUAACAAGAGUUUUAUACCAAUUAUUAGUCAACACUGACAAAAGGCUUUCUUAGGGCUUUAUUUGUUUGAGCCUUUUCAGUGAAAGAAGGAACAUUUCCUAUGGUGCUGUCUCACUGCCUUAAAACAGAUUUCUACAACAGGUUAGUUAACAGUUGGUUUAAAUCCUAAACCAUUGGUAAUUUCCACUGUCUUUUCAUUUACAACCAAGAACACCAGUUAUCACAGUAGCUUCAUCUCUCUAUAUCAUUUUUUUUGUUUUGUUUUGAAGAAAUGGAUAGGAGAAAGAUCAGUAUUUUUAUCUCAUGAAUAGAUUGCUUUGCCUAUCCUCAAAGUAUUCGAGUAAUCCAGAAACCCUCUUUGACCGUCACAGAAAAGCAGAGACGUGGCUAAAUUCCAUCCAGUUUUAAGUGAAAGAGUUUCAGAAGGUGGGAGAUUUUGAAUUUGUAUCCAGCAGAGCUGGAAGCACUAGAUGCAGCAUGAGCACAACUAUUUGGCUUUCCUUCCCUAUUCUUUCUUAUAUAUUUUUUUUWAAAAAAUUAGUUUUGACGCAUGUUGUUUUGAUUGCUAUUGUUGUACAUGAGAAAUUCAGCAUUAAAGAACACUGAAGCAGUAAAGUCACUGUGGAAGAGGAAGCGUUGAUACUGUAAAAGAAGGUUAGAUUUGCACAGUCUACUGGGUAGGUAUUGUAAAUAAUAAUUUUUCAAACUUGCACAAAUCAAAUCAAGCAAACAAAAUUGUAUUUUAUCCCGUUGGUGUUAAGAGGUGUUUCACUUGCUGAGAUUUCCUGUACGUUGCAAACAAAUACAGAAUGCAAACCCUCAAAGCUGUUAUUAUCUGGUGUGUUUGUCCUGUGUUUACAGUUGGUAUGACUAUGCAGGAGCUAUCAGUGCUAGAGUGAGCAUGCUUCAAAACUGUACAUGAAGCCAAUACAUUUUUGGAUAAAUAAAACUGUCUGAGAGUACAUCUGUUGUGGCAGGCUUUAAAGAGAGUGCAUGAAAACUGAUCAGUCAUUGGAGAAGUUACCAUCACACACAGAGGACAGGUGUUAGGUUUAUGAAACCCAAGGGCUAGGCCAUGGCAUAGACUAGUUCUGUGAGUGUGAAAAAGUGUGACCUUUAGGACGUGUAAUUGGUGCUAUCCUCUGUGACCACCCAUGGGUCAGUUGCUACAGAACAAUAACAUCAACCCAAGACAUCAGUGCCGCUUUCAGAGUGUUUCUAAGUGCAUAGGUCCUUACAUGGUGCUAUUGCCCUGAGGGAAUUGGAGCUGAAUUUAUGCACAUAGAAUUGUCACCCUGACUUUGAAGCCUCAAACAUGGAUCAAAUCUGUUGUGCACCAUCAAUUUAUGUAGCUGGAUGAGUGACUAGUUGCCCUUGUAUAAUAUGUGAUCUAAGAAAAUUGCUAAUCUUUCCCUGCCAUUUUGAGAAACACAGUCCAAACAUGAGCAUAAACAGAAAUUCCUGCAAUACAUGCCAGUAGGUCCACCUAGUUUACAACUUAAACUAGUUUGUGAAACAUUUGUCUGUAUACAUUUUAUAUUUUGUACAUUUUGAUGUAACAUAUCAUGUAAAUAGGCAGAAACAGUGAAAUAAAUCAUCUGAAAAGUUUUGUAGUCUUUGUAAAGCCCCAACAAUAAGUACUUGGUGUCAAUGGACUUAACUGGAUGACGUAUUUUCUAUUGGUUUAUUGUUCCUCUAGCUUGUAAACCAGCUUGCAUAUAUUUUUUUGCAAAUGUGCACCCUGUAUCUGUCUAAAUUAUUACUUUGCCAUUAAAGUGGAAUUAUUUAUUGACAACAA